AUGUCCAUCUACCACGGUCUCGGCCUCGCAUCCAAGAUCUUGGGUUCUAACAUGCCUGAAGCUGCUCGCGCAAACCAGAUCGUUCAACAGUACGAGCAGAGAUUGAGCACACUGGCCGCCGCCCUAUCAGCGAGAAACCCCGAGCCCAACAGCUUUGCCGCGUCGAGCUUGAAAGCCUGGGACGCCUGUGUGAGGUAG